UCUAAACGAGGUUUUUCGGAAGCUCGCUCCAAAUGUGCAGAAAGUAAAAUGUUCCUCUGUUAAAACACACUCACUCUUUCAAAAAGAAAUGAAAUGCUUCAUAAUGGUAUAUUGAAACAGUCAUUAAAGUCGACUUGGAGAAAACAAGGCUGUAGAGUAUUCUCUAGGUCGGCAAACAAAACCGCCAAUUUUGCCGGACUCAUUGAAAAUGAACUUAAGCAAGUAUCACCGGGAAUCCGUGAAUUGCUAUCCUCUAGAUGUGAAGAGCUUUCGAAAUGCUCAAGAUAUUAUACCAUAGCCCAGGGAAAGCAGAUGAGGCCUUCUUUGGUGCUGCUAAUGUCGAAAGCAACGAGUCUAUGUAGUGGAAUUGACCAGUCUAUCGUUGGAUCGAGCUUUUUGGAAGACGAUGCUCCAGAUCACGUCCCUAUCGGACAAGUUUUGCCUUCACAGCUUCGAUUAGCUCAGAUCACGGAGAUGAUCCACACGGCCAGUUUGUUGCAUGACGAUGUAAUUGACCAUGCCAGUUCCCGUCGCGGACAUCCUUCCAGCAAUACAGCUUUCGGAAAUCGAAAAUCCGUGCUGACAGGAAAUUUUAUUCUUGGAAGAGCAUCGACGGCUAUGGCUAGACUACGAAACCCAAAAGUCACUGAGUUGUUCGCAACGGUCGUUGCAGACUUGGUGCGCGGUGAAUUUCUUCAAUUGAAAAAUACGGCUGAUACAAAUAGUUUAGAAUUGCAACCCUUUCAUUUUGAUUAUUACAUUGAAAAAACUUAUCUAAAAACAGCCAGUCUUAUCUCAAAAAGUUGCCAAUCUGCUGCCAUCUUGGGUCAGUGUUCUCCUACUGUCAUUGAGGCUGCUGCCAAUUAUGGUCGCUACGUAGGUACCGCAUUUCAGUUGAUGGACGAUGUUUUAGACUACACCUCUAAAGACGAAACUUUAGGGAAAGCUGCGAAUGCAGACUUAAAUUUGGGACUUGCGACCGCUCCUGUAUUAUUUGCUUGGAAGCAGUAUCCCGAGCUGGGUUCGAUGGUGAUAAAUCGCUUUAAUUGUCCCUCGGAUGUGAAAAAAGCACGAGAACUUGUCGAAAGUACGGAUGGCAUAGAGGCCACCGUUAAAUGGGCUAAAGAAUACAUACUUAAAGCUCACGAUGCCCUUCAAUGUAUACCUGAUUCACCUUCUCGACAAGCAUUGCAUGCCGUCGCUGAAAAAGUCGUCUCUCGAAACUAUUAACGCUGUUCGCAAUGUUUCUUUUUUUUGACAUGCUGGAAGAAUAUGAAUUACGAAUAAGAAGUAGCACGACCCUUGGAUACAAAUCUGGCUUAAUUUUGCUUGCUCUCUGUGAAUUCUAGGUUUGAACAAUUUACGUCGCGUUAGGAUAAUAAGUACGAAAAGAGUUCGCGAAUAGAAUUUUAUAAAGAGAAUACGACAAAAAAUACAUGAUAGUUUUGUUUUAAUCAAUCCCUACUUUCUUUGCAUUUUGAGAAAUUUACUUUAGGAAACAAAAGAACAGUUUUUAACACAUUUGUACUUGCUUUUCAAACUCGAGCUACGCCUGAAGUUGUUCAACGAAAGAUAAGAUUCAUCUCUUGACAAUUCCAGUUGCAUAAAAUCAAUUGUUUAGCUCUUUUUUUUUCGUCAAUUCUUCAUUGUUCUCUUCAGAUGCUAAAGCCCGGAUCAUUUUAUUGAGAGUACGAAUUUACAAAUUCAAUAAACAAAGCCAUCAUUAUUUUUAAGGGGUCUCAUGUAACAUUAUCCAACCAUCCUUUUAAUAUAAUAGAAAAGCAUCCUUUGAACUUGACUGAACAAUGGGAAGCUUUGUAUAAGAAGAAUGGGAAGAGAAUCAAAAUGAAAACAAAGGGCGGUUGGGGUCCAUCUGAGUGUUACUUAUACUAAAACAUAUAUAUUAGGGUCUUUUCUGAUAGAAUCCUCC